CAUCUAGAUUCGCGGAAUCUGAUUUCUUUUGUUUUCCCCGGAGUUUCUCUCUCUCGCCGGAUAAACCCUAGAAUUGAUUUCAAUUAUUUUGGUCGGAAUUGUUGUUCGAAUUCGAAUGGGAACUCCGGAAUUUCCAGAUCUGGGGAAACACUGCUCCGUCGAUGUUUGCAAGCAAAUCGAUUUCUUGCCUUUCACCUGCGACCGUUGCCUCCAGGUGUUUUGUUUGGAUCAUCGAAGCUAUAUGAAACAUAGUUGUCCAAAAGGCGACAGAGAAGAUGUAACCGUGGUUAUCUGUCCCCUCUGUGCUAAAGGAGUCCGGUUAAACCCAAACGAGGACCCAAAUAUAACAUGGGAGAAACAUGUCAACACUGAUUGUGACCCAUCAAACUAUGAAAAAGCCACCAAGAAGAAGAAAUGUCCGGUUCCAAGAUGCAAGGAGCAACUAACAUUCUCCAACACCAUCAAGUGCCGAGAUUGCAAUAUUGAUCACUGCUUAAAACACCGUUUUGGACCUGAUCACACUUGCCCUGGACCAAGAAAACUCCCAUUCAUGGGUUUCUUGAGUAGUAGUAGUAGCAGCAGAAAAGAAGCUAAGACAACAAGACCCACCAAAGCUCAUGCAUCAACUUCAUCAUCAUCUUCUUCUUCGAGAUGGUCCAAUCUUCUAUCUUCAGCAGAAGCAGGGAUUAGCAGGCUCGGUAACGACAUAAGCCAGAAGCUACAGUUUUCAAGCAGCAGCAAUGAUGGUAUCGUGGAGGUGUGUCCACAGUGCGGUGCGAAAUUCUCUUCGGUUACUACUCUUGUGGAACAUGUAGAGAAAACACAUGAGAGGAACAAGAAGCAGAAUCAUGGCAAUGUCACAGUCGAUGUCUGCCCUAAAUGUAGCAGAGGAUUCCGCGAUCCAGUAGAUCUUGUGAAUCAUAUCGAAAGAGAUCACCGAGAAGAAAUGAGCUCAGUCUCGGGUGUAAUCUCGAGGCAAGUUUUGCCUGUUUGUGGUAGCCUUUGUAUUCUUUGCCCUGCGCUUCGUGCAAGGUCUAGACAGCCUGUGAAGAGGUACAAGAAGCUCAUUGCUGAUAUUUUUCCUCGUAAUCAGGAGGAUGGCAUAAAUGAUCGAAAGAUAGGAAAAUUAUGUGAAUAUGCAGCAAAGAACGCUGUGCGUAUGCCAAAGAUAUCAGAUUCUCUGGAACAAAGAUGUUACAAGGAACUGAGGAAUGAGAAUUUCCACUCGGCAAAGAUAGCCAUGUGUAUUUACAGAAGGCUUCUGGUCACUUGUAAGGAGCAAAUACCUCUUUUUUCUAGUGGUUUCCUAAGGACGGUGCAAGCUCUUUUGGAUCAAACUCGACAAGAUGAAAUGCAAAUAGUUGGGUGUCAGUCUCUUUUCGAAUUUGUAAUUAAUCAGAAGGAUGGCAGUUCCCUGUUUAACUUGGAAGGCUUUCUCCCAAAGCUGUGCCAAUUAGGACUGGAAGGUGGGGAUGAUGAUAGGUCGCGGAGCCUGCGUGCCGCAGGACUUCAAGCCCUUUCAGCAAUGAUUUGGCUGAUGGGUGAAUACUCUCAUAUUCCCAGCGACUUUGACAAUGUUGUCUCAGCAGUCUUGGAAAAUUAUGGCCACCCCAAAAUACUUACAAAUGCUAAUGAUAGUGGCAGAAAAUGGGUGGAUGAAGUCUUGAAAAACGAAGGUCAUGUAGCUUAUGCAGAUUCCCUCAUAAAUGUUCCUUCUUGGAGAACGGUUGUGAAUGACAAGGGUGAACUAAAUGUGAAAAUGGAAGAUUCCUUGGACCCUAGCUUUUGGUCCAAGGUUUGCCUACACAACAUGGCCAAGCUAGGUGAAGAGGCCACAACAAUGAGACGUAUACUUGAGUCUUUGUUCCGUUACUUUGACGAGGGAUGUCUAUGGUCAACAGAAAAUUCGAUUGCAUUCCCUGUUUUAAGGGAUCUGCAGUUUUUAAUGGAAAUAUCUGGGCAAAGAACACACUUUCUACUGUCUAUGUUGAUCAAACACCUUGAUCAUAAAAGUGUGCUUAAAUACCCAAGCAUGCAGCUCAACAUUUUAGAGGUUACCUCCUCCCUUUCUGAAAAUGCAAAAGUUGAGCACUCCGCAGCAAUAGUCAGCGCAAUAAGCGAUGUCAUGAGGCACUUGAGAAAAUGCAUGCAUUCUUCUCUAGAUGAAGCAAAUAUUGGAACUGACGCAGCAAACUGUAUCAGAAUGGUCAGUGUAGCUGUUGAUAAGUGCCUCGUCCAACUAACGAAGAAGGUUGGAGAUGCUGGCCCAAUUCUAGAUGCUAUGGCUUUGAUGUUGGAGAAUAUCUCCGCUGUCACAGACGUAGCAAGAACCACAAUUGCUGCUGUUUUUCGCACUGCUCAAAUUAUAGCCUCUAUACCAAAUCUACAAUAUCAAAACAAGGCUUUUCCCGAGGCCUUAUUCCAUCAGUUACUACAAGCUAUGGUCCAUCCAGAUCAUAAAACACGGAUUGGCGCCCACCGUAUAUUUUCUGUUGUGCUGGUACCAACCUCAGUCUGCCCCCGUCCUUCCUCGACCACUACUGACCUUAAGAAAGGAAUGGGUCUUCCUCGUUCACUUUCAAGGACCGCUUCUGUCUUUUCCUCUUCAGCAGCUCUUUUCGAGAAGCUGAAGAAGGAUAAAUUUUCAUCGAUGCUGACUUCUGAUCAGAGCCAAAACGGAAUGCCUGAGGAAGAAUGUGGAAGCACUACGGGGGAAAUCCUUGACAGAUUGAAAUCUUCAUACAGUCAGGCAUAUAGCACUUGGAAUCAACCAGUGACCUCGGUAGCAGAUAACUCUGUGGAUCUUUUAAACUCUGAGCUGGAUGUUGUUCAUAUAAGGCUAAGUAGUCACCAGAUAGGUCUUUUGCUUUCAUCAAUCUGGGCACAGUCCAUAUCUCCGGCAAAUACACCAGACAAUUAUGAGGCGAUUGCUAACACCUACAGUCUUGUAUUGUUGUUCUCUCGUGUUAAGAACUCAAGUCAUGACGCUUUGAUUCGAAGUUUCCAAAUGGCACUUUCUUUGCGAGAUAUUUCUUUGAUGGAAGGAGGACCACUUCCUCCAUCUCGGCGAAGGUCACUCUUUACACUGGCUGCAUCAAUGGUUCUUUUUUCCUCAAAAGCAUUCAAUCUUUUUUCUCUGGCGGAUUUCACAAAAGUAACACUUCAGGGACCAAGGCUUGACCCAUUCUUGAACUUGGUUGACGAUCACAAGUUGAAGGCUAUAAAUUCAGAUCAGCUAAAAGUUGCUUAUGGAUGCGAAAAAGAUGAUGCUUCAGCUUUAGAUACUCUUUCAAACAUAGCACUCUCCACUGAGCAUAGCAGAGGAAACCUUGUCUAUGAAAUCGUCAAAAGCUUAGAAGAUAUGUGCAAUUCUGAAAUGGACAAAAUGCGAGAGCAGUUGCUCACAGAAUUUAUGCCAGAUGAUGCAUGUCCACUUGGUACCCGGUUUUUAGAAGAUACCCACAAAACCUAUCAGGAUGAUUCUGGAGAUGUUAAACCUCAAAAGGACGCGGCACUCUUCUCUCACGAGGAUCAAGAGUUUGGAGAUGGCACCGAAACCGUUGCAAAGAAUCAUCCUGUAACAGUUUCUGAAAUCCCAGACCUCCUGACGGUCAAUCAGAUUCUAGAAUCUGUCGUUGAGACAACACGUCAAGUGGGUAGAAUUUCUUUCCAUACUGCAGCUGAUGCUUCAUACAAAGAAAUGACACUUCAUUGUGAGAAUCUUUUAAUGGGAAAACAGCAGAAGAUCUCAAGUCUUUUAAAUUCUCAGCUACGACAUGAGAGUUCUGUUAACUGCUCUCCACGACAACAUGAUGAAGAGAUUAAGAUCGCAAGUUUCCAUCCUAUGCUCAAUCCAACAUUUCAUACUGAGGUCGAAGUCCCUUUACUGUCGAAUUCCUUCGACAUGAAAUCGCCAAGAACACCAGUGGGAACUAUUCAGUCACCGUGCUUUGCAGAACUACAAAAUAACCCACAAGCAUUUAGACUACCAGCCUCAAGCCCUUACGACAACUUCCUUAAAGCUGCUGGCUGUUGAUCAUCGGCAGGAUCCAAACCAUUGUUUGGCUUUGAACUCCAGUCAAAAGAACUCAAACAAAAAAAUUAACAAAACUAGGUUUGCUUGGUUUUCAAAGUCUUGAGUUACGUUUUUUAGAUUCUUUAGCAUUAUAAAUCGGAAUUACUCCG